CAAAUUAGAAUUCUAAGCGGGUUGGGGGUUAGGAGUCCGGGGGCUCAGGAUUUCUUUUAGUUCCAGGCCCUGCGUCUUCGAAAUACCUGUCCCUUGAAGAACGGAGACCGAGCGCACCAAAAUGGACCCGGGGCAGAAACCGAGAACAGGAAGGACGCUCUGAGCCCUGAAGGGCUCGCACGGGACACCUGCACCGCAGGACGAGUGACAGAACAUUAAAGGGAAUGCUUCCAGAAUUUCAUGGUGAGGAUGAUGUUUGCUGUUGGUAGCUGCUCUGUGUUACUCGAAGGAAGCACCCUGCUCUUCCUACCCAGCACUUCAUUUAGGGCAGAGGAGGAUUUAUUAUGCCUAUUAAGUCACCGCAGUCAAAAUGCCAUCUGGAACCAGGUGAUCCUCUUUCUGGACAAUCAGCAGAGGAUCCAUAGUAGCCUAAGAAUACAUCACAAUGCCCGUGUCACUGACCUCAUGUCAUCUCAUCACAUGGGCAUUUUAUCAUCUCACAUCACAAGAAGAAGGGUCACACUGAGGUGGGCUGUGGGUCAGAUGCACAUUGUACAUUGGCUUUAGCACUUUUCUGCCUGGGAGGUGAAGCUCUGAGCAGCUGGAGAGAGACCUUGGGCCAAGCCCUGGAGGUGUUCACCUCGUAGAGUCCAUGCUUCAGGUGAUGCUGCUGCUGCUGGUGGUGGUCUGUGACCCACUUGGAGAAUCACUGGUGUGUAAGAUCCCCCCUGAUUUAUGGCUCUUCUGAGGAACAGAGUGAUUGGUCUCCACAGGAGUGGUCCACAGGAACGACUUACCCAGGAGGGUGUAACUGAAUCAGGCUGGGCACCAGUUAGAAGGACAAUAGAGGGGCUUCCUUGGACCUGUUCGUCCUUCUUCGGGCUACAGGAAGGCAGAGGAUGAGAUGUCCCGGGCCACGUCUGUUGGAGACCAGCUGGAGGCGCCGGCCCGCACCAUUUACCUCAACCAACCGCAUCUCAACAAAUUCCGUGACAACCAGAUCAGUACGGCCAAGUACAGUGUGUUGACGUUUCUACCUCGAUUCUUGUAUGAGCAGAUUAGAAGAGCUGCUAAUGCCUUCUUCCUCUUCAUUGCCUUAUUACAGCAAAUUCCAGAUGUAUCUCCAACAGGAAGAUAUACCACCCUGGUGCCAUUGAUCAUUAUUUUAACAAUUGCAGGCAUCAAAGAGAUUGUAGAAGAUUUUAAGCGGCAUAAGGCAGACAAUGCAGUGAACAAAAAGAAAACGAUAGUGUUAAGAAAUGGUAUGUGGCAUACCAUUAUGUGGAAAGAGGUGGCCGUGGGAGACAUUGUGAAGGUCAUCAAUGGACAGUACCUCCCAGCAGACAUGGCCCUGCUCUCCUCCAGUGAACCUCAGGCAAUGUGUUAUGUUGAAACAGCUAAUCUAGAUGGAGAGACGAACCUUAAAAUACGUCAGGGUUUAAGUCACACUGCUGACAUGCAAACAAGGGAAGUAUUGAUGAAGUUAUCUGGAACUAUAGAAUGUGAGGGACCCAACCGCCACCUCUAUGACUUCACUGGAAACCUGCAUGUUGAUGGGAAAAGCCCUGUUCCCCUUGGGCCUGACCAGAUCUUAUUAAGAGGUACACAGCUUAGAAAUACUCAGUGGGUCUUUGGCAUAGUUGUUUAUACUGGACACGACACCAAACUCAUGCAGAAUUCCACAAAGGCACCUCUCAAAAGAUCGAAUGUUGAGAAAGUGACUAAUGUGCAGAUCCUGGUAUUGUUUGGCAUCCUCUUGGUCAUGGCCUUGGUGAGCUCAGUGGGGGCCCUGUACUGGAAUGGAUCUCAAGGUGGAAAGAACUGGUACAUCAAGAAGAUGGACACAACCUCGGAUAAUUUCGGAUAUAACUUGUUGACAUUCAUCAUCCUAUACAACAAUCUUAUUCCCAUUAGUCUGUUGGUGACUCUUGAGGUUGUGAAAUACACUCAAGCUCUUUUUAUAAACUGGGACACAGACAUGUAUUAUCUAGGAAAUGACACUCCCGCAAUGGCCAGGACCUCAAACCUUAAUGAAGAGCUUGGGCAGGUAAAAUACCUAUUUUCUGAUAAAACUGGAACGCUUACAUGCAAUAUCAUGAACUUCAAGAAGUGUAGCAUUGCUGGGGUAACCUAUGGUCAUUUUCCAGAAUUGACAAGAGAACCAUCCUCAGAUGAUUUUUGCCGGAUACCUCCUCCCCCCAGUGACUCCUGUGACUUUGAUGAUCCCAGGCUCUUGAAGAACAUCGAAGAUCAUCACCCCACGGCUCCAUGCAUACAGGAGUUCCUCACCCUUCUGGCUGUGUGCCACACGGUCGUCCCUGAGAAGGAUGGAGAUAACAUCAUCUACCAGGCCUCCUCCCCAGAUGAAGCUGCUUUGGUGAAGGGAGCUAGGAAGCUGGGCUUUGUCUUCACAGCCAGAACACCGUACUCCGUCAUCAUAGAAGCCAUGGGACAGGAACAGACAUUUGGAAUCCUUAACGUCCUGGAAUUUUCUAGUGACAGAAAAAGAAUGUCUGUAAUUGUUCGAACUCCUUCAGGCCAACUUCGACUCUAUUGUAAGGGAGCUGAUAAUGUCAUUUUUGACAGACUUUCAAAAGACUCAAAAUACAUGGAGGAAACACUGUGCCACCUGGAAUAUUUUGCCACAGAAGGCUUGAGGACCCUCUGUGUAGCUUACGCCGACCUCUCUGAGCAUGAGUAUGAAGAGUGGCUGAAAGUCUAUCAAGAAGCCAGCACCAUAUUGAAAGACAGAGCUCAACGGUUGGAAGAGUGCUAUGAGAUCAUAGAGAAGAAUUUACUGUUACUUGGAGCCACAGCCAUAGAAGAUCGCCUUCAGGCAGGUGUUCCAGAAACCAUAGCAACGCUGUUGAAGGCAGAAAUUAAAAUCUGGGUGUUGACAGGAGAUAAACAAGAAACUGCAAUUAAUAUAGGAUAUUCCUGCCGGUUGGUAUCACAGAAUAUGGCCCUUAUCCUGUUGAAGGAAGAUUCUUUGGAUGCGACAAGGGCAGCCAUUACCCAGCACUGCACUGACCUCGGGAAUCUGUUGGGCAAGGAGAACGAUGUGGCCCUCAUCAUCGAUGGCCACACCCUGAAGUAUGCUCUCUCCUUUGAAGUCAGGAGAAGCUUCCUGGAUUUGGCGCUUUCGUGUAAAGCUGUCAUAUGCUGCAGGGUGUCUCCUCUGCAGAAAUCAGAGAUAGUGGACGUGGUUAAGAAGCGGGUAAAGGCCAUCACCCUUGCCAUUGGAGACGGUGCCAAUGACGUUGGGAUGAUCCAGACAGCUCAUGUGGGUGUAGGAAUCAGUGGAAAUGAAGGCAUGCAGGCGACCAAUAACUCGGAUUAUGCCAUUGCACAGUUUUCCUACUUGGAGAAGCUCCUGUUGGUCCACGGUGCUUGGAGCUAUAAUCGGGUGACCAAGUGCAUACUGUACUGUUUCUACAAGAAUGUGGUCCUCUACAUUAUAGAGCUUUGGUUCGCCUUUGUUAAUGGAUUUUCUGGGCAGAUUUUAUUUGAACGUUGGUGCAUCGGCUUGUACAAUGUGAUUUUCACCGCACUACCACCCUUCACUCUGGGAAUCUUCGAGAGGUCUUGCACCCAGGAGAGCAUGCUCAGGUUCCCACAGCUCUACAAAAUCACCCAGAAUGCAGAAGGCUUCAAUACAAAGGUUUUCUGGGGUCACUGCAUCAACGCCUUGGUCCACUCCCUCAUCCUCUUCUGGUUUCCCAUGAAAGCGCUGGAGCAUGAUACUCCGUUGGCCAGUGGCCAUGCCACAGACUAUUUAUUUGUUGGAAAUAUUGUUUACACGUAUGUUGUUGUCACUGUGUGUCUGAAAGCUGGUUUGGAGACCACAGCUUGGACUAAAUUCAGUCAUCUGGCUGUCUGGGGAAGCAUGCUGAUCUGGCUGGUGUUUUUUGGCGUCUACUCAACCAUCUGGCCCACCAUUCCCAUUGCUCCAGAUAUGAAAGGACAGGCAACUAUGGUCCUGAGCUCCGCACACUUCUGGUUGGGAUUAUUUCUGGUGCCCACAGCAUGUUUGAUCGAAGAUGUAGCAUGGAGAGCGGCCAAGCAUACCUGCAAAAAAACGCUACUGGAGGAGGUACAAGAGCUGGAGACGAAGUCCAGAGUGAUGGGGAAGGCGAUGCUUCGGGACAGUAAUGGAAAAAGGAUGAAUGAACGUGACCGCCUCCUGAAGAGGCUCAGCAGGAAGACACCCCCCACUCUCUUCCGGGGAGGCUCCAUCCAGCAGUGUGUUCCCCAUGGGUAUGCCUUCUCUCAAGAGGAGCAUGGAGCCGUUACUCAGGAAGAGAUAGUCCGUGCUUAUGACACCACCAAAAAGAAAUUGAGGAAGAAAUGAGACAUGAAUUGUCCUGAUGGGUCCCAGGAAAGAGAUGCAGUUUGUUGCACCCAGUGUUAACACAUCUCUGUCGGAAGAGACUGGUGUCAGCAGCCAAAACACCACGAAACACAUUUCUGUGGCCUUAGCCAACCGGUUUGUUAGAUGCCCCUUCCCUCGCGAACCUGGAGUAGAUUCCGCAGGGGAGGCCAUUCCGACCCCUCCCAGUUCGUCGGCAGUGCUUGGCCUAACUGCUGUGUAUGUUAUUAUGAAGCAUUCAGCUCUGCUCUGUGAGGUGUGAAAUUAAAAGCGUUACGUUUCACCAAUAUUUAACAUCAGUACUAGUUGGUCUGGGAGAAAGGUAAGAGUUUUAUGUUGCAUGAGAAACCCGCCUUGCGGACUCGGAGCAGGGGCGCUCGCUUCCUGUGCUGCUGACUCGCCGAUGGAGUCCGCCAGGCAGCACAUGGACCUCACGGCAGGCAGCUUGAUGUCUCACUUUGAUUCCUGUUUUGUUUGUCUGAAGUUGGCAUAAAUCUCUUGAUUGCGGUGAAAUCACAGCCCUGUCUGUCAUCGGGGUGAGAGCGCCUAUUUGAACCCCGUGGCCCCAUCCCCAGCGCGCAGGUGCCUCCGGGGCUGUCCGGGCUGCCCUCAUCGCAGACCUUGCGCGUGGCGGACGCUGUGCUCCGUGCAUGGCAGCCGGUGGGCAACCUGCCCAGAUGUGCUCCACGUCUUGUCCUAGCACAGAUUCACAUGUGGAUGCGAGCAAUCGCUUCUGCCACCGCCCUUUCCCCUCCAAUUACUAAAGAGAAGAAGCAUAGCUAUCCCGCCUAGACUCAAGUGUUUACCUGCCUCUUCCCGAGGACAGGGAAGCCUGCAGGACAGUGCACUCCUGCUCUGAUCAGGCUCUCAGUUCGCAUUUCCCGACCUCCAGACCACUGGACCUUGGGCAUCGCUUAAGUCAGACCACACUUGUUUUCUCGGGAAUUCAGAGCCCAUUUUGGAUCUUCACUGUGGGGAAACCAGUGAAUUAGUUUAGUGUGUCUCCCCAGCGAAGGGACACGUCUGUCUCUCUGUGACUCUAUAGUCAGAGAGGAGGAGGAGUGAACCCGGAGGGAGAGUAGGGGCCCUUGAGGCUGGUGGAGGAAGAUGACCAUCAAAGGGGAAGGCAAGAGGCAAGGAACACGGAGACCGCGGGAGGAGGACACAGAGGACGCCUUAGCCACAUCUCCUCGGUAGAAACGGAAAUGAAGCCCAGGCAGUUGUGAUCAUACGUGCAGGAGGCUAGGCAAGACAUUGACAUGCAGUUUUAAUUGGAAAGAAUUCCAAACGUUUCUAUAUGGAUGAGGUGUCCUUCCUUAUCGUCAGUGGUAGAUACGAGUACCUCUGCAAAUAAAGUGUCCCGAGUCUAAGACAGGAGGAGAAGUGCUGCGUCACUGACUUUCCAAACUGUGGAGUCCCACCUUCUAAAUUUGGAUAGAACUUGUGUGCCCUCAGGCAUGAAUGUGAGCACCUGGAGCCCUUAAUAAAUGGCCAGCCUGGAGGCACAUUCUCUCCUCUCCGCUUUGGUUGCCAAACCAGAUUUUUGGAUGGCUUAACAUAAAUACUUCUGGGCAGCUGUUACUACUUAAAAUGGCACAGUUCUUCUGGGGAUGGCUGUGCUAAAUUGGGAAAUAAAACAAUAGUGCACUUUGCUUCCUCAUCCUUCAUUUUUUGGAGCAUCCACAUCUUAUUUGGCAUUGUAAUAACUUAAAGUAUGAUUUGCAUUGACUGAGAAAACUAAUCCUUUACUUAUAAAGUGACCACGAUCCAGGGAGGGCUUACGGGGAAGCAGAACAAUGAAUUGAACAGGUGAGGCUUAGAAAAUUGCCAUUCCUUCCUGCCCGAGGUGGUAAGCCAUUUUUAAAUACUAGAGCACUCAACAAAAUGAAUCCCUGAGACUGUCAUGCAGGAAUUACAACCCCCUCCCCUAAAAAAAAUGUGCCUGGAAUUACAAUACACAGAGGUUUAGGUCUUUAUUGGACACCCAGAGAGAUGAUGUCCUAAAUACAGAGGAGAAACAAAAAUUUGAAUCAACUGUGUGGUAGGCAUCCCGACUAAAUGGUUUCAUUUGGAACUUUUCAUUUGGAACUAAGCCUUCUGGAAAGGGGAACUAAAACUCAAUCUUUGUCUGACACUUAGCUCUUUCUUAAAUUUAAAACCUUCUGAUUUAGAUUUUCAGAUUACAGCAUGUAUAUGUUUUGUUUUGGGCUUUUUGUUUUUUAUUUUGUUUUUUUUUUAUGUUAAAUGUGUUUUUUAUGUUAAAUGCAGUCACAUUUUCUGAGACUGGAGUCUAUAUUCCAAUUCUUUUGAGAACCAGACUAAACAGUGUUUGCAAUACUGAAAUAUGUACACAGAAGGAAGCAUUAGAUGGGAUACCUUUCUAUUAAUUCUCGUAUAUGAUUAAGCUAUCUGGUAAAUGACUAAAUUGGGCUUCAAGGAGGAGCAGCUGUCAAUCUGUGCGAUGUAUGACAGUUAGCUGUGGCCAACUCGGGGGCUGUGUCAUUUGUCCUGUCUUCAAAUUGAGGUCAGAGUGUCACACAAGCCCCUCCCCAGGGAGCAGGGUGGACUGGAGUAAGUUGCGUACUCUAGCUGUCAGUUCAGUGGAAACGCCACAUGGGACUUGUCACUCUGCCACAUGGUAAGUGACAUGCAGGCUGGCAGGUCAUACUUGGUCAGCACUCUAGAGCCGGCCUCUGGAUUGGGCUAAAGCAGCAGGAUCCACAGAGGCCCAGCCUCGGCCUGGUGUCAUACACAGAUUGCCGAUUCUUGAAUGUGUGCUCCGUUCUGGCUGAGUCUGCAGAAGGAAGAGAGCAGCCAUCGCAUGCACUUCUCUCUGAGUUCCCCUACGUCCUGGCACCCCAGCAAGGAUGGCCGUGAAAAGUGCAUGUUAAAAAGGCAGGGUAGGGAAACAGAAUGGACCAACCAUUUCUGCCUGGUUGCCCAGAUUAGCACUUCAUUGCUAACCAGAAUGGGCGUGAUCAUAAUUUGGGGGUGUGGCUGAUGUGUCCACCUUUUGUCUCUGCAGAAUGUUCAGGACUUCUUGACCAGUGUUAUGUUCACCCAUCUCCCAGCACACGUGUGAUCAUCUAGGGAGGGGAUCGGUAGAGCAUACAAAACCCGUUCUUUGGAGAAGGGAGAUGCUGUUGCUUUAAUAUUCGUGGAGUAAUAUCCUAAAAUAUGAACCUGAGUUUUGGCAGAGCAUGGCUGGGAACUCUGUUGAAGUUUUCUUUUCCUUGACAAGGCUGCAGGUCUUGCUGUAGGGAGCUGGCAGUGAAAAUCAGUGAUAACUUGUCAAGAAGCAGUGAAAUGCAAAAAAAAAAAAAAAAAAAGUGAG